AUGGCAGGAAAAAUGUACAUUGGAAAUGUCGACUAUGAUGAGAGUGAGAAAUUUAGUGAUUAUAUAGAACGCUUUGAGAUGUUUCUAGAAUGUAAUAAGAUAGAGGCUGCCCGGUGGAAGGCGGUAUUUUUAAGCGUCAUUGGCUCAAAAUUAUUUAGCCUGUUGAAAAACCUGUGCACACCAGUAGCACCAAGGGAAAGGACAUAUGAAGAAUUAAAAAAAAUUCUUAUGAAUCAUCUCGAACCAAAACCAAAUGUGAUCACGGAGAGGUAUAAAUUUGGCCAGAGAUGUCAAAUGUCGGGCGAAUCAAUAAAUACAUAUUUAGCAGAAUUAAAAAAGCUAUCUCUAUAUUGUAAUUAUGGAGAAAAUCUAACAGAACAAAUAAGAGACAAGUUUAUCUCGGGUCUAAGUAAUGAGAAGAUAAAACAAAAACUACUAAAUGAGAGUGAAGUUACAUUAGAAAAAGCCUACAACAUAGCAGUGCAGUUAGAGAACACCGAUCGAGAUUUAGAGGUGAUGACUUCCAAGGUACACAGGAUAGGUGUGGCUGGAAAGAAGCGAGGAGGACAACGGAAUGAUACCUGUGGUCAGCUGCAGCAGAGUGCUAGAAGUAAUAAUAAGUUAUGCAAGUGCUGUGGAAAAGGGGGUCAUUUAAAAGAAGUGUGUUGGUUUAAAGAUAGGAAAUGUAGAUCUUGUGGUAAGAUUGGACAUUUAUUGGCAGUUUGUAGAUUUAAGAAAGGUAAAAAGCUUUGUAAUUAUAUUGAAAAUGAACAUAAUCAGGACAUUGUUUUAGAGGACAUACAAAAUUUAUUUACAUUAAGUGAUACUCAUGUUUCACCUUAUAAACUUGAAUUACAAAUAAAUAACAAAAAGGUAAUGUUUGAAAUAGAUACUGGAGCAGCUAUAAGUGUUAUAAGUCAAUACAUAAAAAAUAAAUAUUUCAAUGAUAGUGAAAUGUACAAAUGUAAUCUUAAACUCAGAUCAUAUGUAAAUGAUUUAAUUACUCCCUUAGGUUUUAUAAAUGUAGACAUUGCUUAUGAUAAAAAGAAAAUGAAAGCGAAAUUAUAUGUAAUUGAGAAUGGGGGACCUUCUCUCAUUGGUCGUGACCUUUUAAAAAAAAUAAAUAUUAAAACAUUAAAUAUAAAUUCAUUAAGUUGUGAAAAUAUUAAAGAUAAAUUGGUAAGUAAAUUUCCUGAAGUUUUUAGUUCUGAGUUAGGGACAUACAAAGGAGAGCAGGUCAACCUAGUACUAAAAGAGAAUGUGUCACCUAAGUAUUAUAAAGCUAGAUCCUUACCGUUCAGUAUGAAACAAUUAGUAGAAGAAGAAAUAAAUAGGCUGUAUAAGCAGGAAUUACAAAAGAAAUAUGCAGGGGGUAGCAGAGUAAGAGAGUUAGAAAUAGGGAAAAGUGUUUUAGCUAGAGAUUAUAGAAGUAAUAGUAAUAAGUGGAUGGAAGGAAUAAUUUUGGAUAAUCAAAUAAACAGUAAUUUAGAUGAUGAUACUUUUGAUACCGAGUUAGUGUUUAAAGAUAAAGAAUAUCCAAGUGUAUGUAAUGAGACAAGUUCAAGUGUAAUUAUAAAGUCACCUAAUACUGUGUGUAGUAAUUCUGUUGUACGGAAAAGUGAGAUUUUGCCUUCUGUUGAGAAAAAUGUGUCAAAUGGGUCUCAGUUAAAGGAAAUAGUUAGUUCUCCACAAAAGACAGAAUCUUCACCACUUGUUUUAAAGAGAUCUGUUAGAAUUAGAAAGAAACCAGACAGACUUAAUUUA